GCGAUGGUUUUCUUUUUAACGUUUUCUUUUUUGUUUAACGCGUGACUUUUGUGUAAUAUGCAAGUUAAUAAUUAGAUUAUUUCCUUUAUCAUAGUGGUUAAAACAUUUAAGGAGUCAGUGCGUAAAUAAGAGAGAUGGAGUCUAAUGAGGAGGGUGGCCUCAGUGUUGGGGGCUCCGUGGGAGAGGAGAACUACUUCCUAGGAUACACCUUCACUGACCGCUCACACUCCAGCCGAGUGGUGAAAAGCAUCAUGGACCUGUGUCUUGAGGACGGCCUGUUUGCUGAUGUCAACAUCACAGUGGACAACAAAGAGUUUCACCUGCACCGAUUGGUGCUCUCAGCACAGAGCAGUUACUUUCGCUCAAUGUUUACAUCGAAUCUUAAAGAGUCCCACAAUCGCAGUAUUGAGUUGAAAGAUGUCAGUGCCACUGUCUUCCAACUGCUGAUUGACUACAUAUACCACGGCACCAUUAAGCUGAGACUAGAGGAGCUGCAGGACACUUAUGAGAUGGCAGACAUGUACCAGCUGACUGCUCUGUUUGAGGAAUGUUCUCGUUUCCUAUCUCGGACAGUAGAGGUCAAGAGCUGCCUUCAGGUGAUGUGGCUUGCAGACAGACACAGUGACCAGGAGCUGUAUACUGCAGCCAAGCACUGUGCUAAAAUCCAUCUCGCUCAGUUGCAUCAGACUGAAGAAUUCCUCAAUCUGCCCCUAUGUCUGCUUUUGGAUAUCCUCAAAGAUGGAGUUCCUACUUCCCAAAAUCCAACAGUGGCUAUUGAGUCAUGGAUAAACCACAAUAAAGUAGAAAGAGAAGAGUUUUCUGUUGUUCUUCGAGAAAAUCUAAAGGAAAUUGGUGAGAAUGUCCACAUUUACCUAAUUGGCAAAGAAGAGACAAGGACUCACUCCCUAGCUGUGUCGCUUCACUGCGAUGAGGACGACGCAAUCAGUGUAAGUGGACAGAACAGCCUGUGUCACCAGAUCACCGCAGCCUGUAAACACGGAGGAGACUUGUAUGUGGUUGGGGGGUCUAUUCCACGUCGCAUGUGGAAAUGCAACAUGCACACUAUGGACUGGGAACGCUGUGCCCCACUGCCCAGAGACCGCCUCCACCAUACAAUGGUCUCGGUCGUUUCUGAGGAUGCGAUCUACUCACUAGGUGGAAAGACUUUGCAGGACACACUUUCAAAUGCGGUCAUCUACUACACAGUAAAGGACAACAUGUGGACAGAGACCAGCCAGCUGGAUACGGCAGUGUCUGGGGCAGCUGGGGUUAAUUUGGGAGGUACAAUCUAUCUGCUGGGAGGAGAGGAAAAUGACAUGGACUUUUUCACCAAGCCGUCCCGCCUGAUUCAGUGCUUUGACACCUCAACUCAAAAGUGCCAGAUAAAGCCGUACAUGCUGCCGUUUGCAGGCUGCAUGCACGCUGCCGUGCACAUGGACGUAAUCUUCGUCGUGGCAGAAGGAGACUCCCUGGUGUGCUACAACCCUCUCCUGGAGAGCUUCACCCGCCUACGCUUCCCCGAGGUGUGGAGCUGCGUCCCUUCACUGUGGAAGGUGGCCAGCUGUAAUGGCUGCAUUUAUGUUUUCAGGGAUAAAUGUAAGAAAGGUGAUGCAAACACCUUGAAGUUCAACCCAGCUACAUCAGUGGUGUCAGUUAUCAGAGGGAUAAAAAUCCUGCUUACAAAUUGGCAGUUUGUUUUAGCCUAAUGUGCUCAGUGGAUGGUCACUGUGGUCCACACAAGAACCACCGGAAUCAAGGAGGACCUUUAGGUGAAUGACAGCAGCAUCGCUGUUCAGACAUCCUGCAGGAGACCCGAUGUAAAGAAAUGUACACAGUUGGUUUCUGUGUCACCCAUUCCAUUUUAACGCUGAUGCUCAAACAGUGAGAGCAUUUAAGUGAUGUCAAUCUAUUGUGGUCAGUAUAUGUUGUUGUGUAAAUGGCAGUGCUGUAACCAGUGAUACAUGAGUAAACAUUGUUUUCUGAGCAGAGCUAGUUUAUCUGCAACUAUGAAAACUUCAGCAUAAAAAAUGUGUGUAUAAAUAAUGUGUAAGUUGAAAUGUUUGGUAAAUACAACAAUAGUUUUAUUUGAAGUUAUUGUGCAAAGACAUACUGGGUAAGGAUAUUUUCUACCUUUUAUAAGUGUAUUUUCCUUGUUUUAAGUACUUUGUUGAAUGCACCGUGUACAAGUUCAACGUUUGCUGUAAACAUAAAAAAUAUAUCGCUUUAUGCUCAAA